CUUCAUUAUAGUAAAUCCUCUUUCUUGUUCCCUCCUUUACACACCAUCCGGGGCAAAAAUAAACUGAUCCCCUGCUGAAUGCUAACCAUUUCUCCUCCAAAUUAAUCAAUCCCCGCAACUCUUCACAUAAACAAUUUCAUGCUUGUCCUGUCUCUUCAACCCCCAUCAAAAAUCUCAACCCUAAUCCCAAAGGCAAUGAGCACAAUCCGCUGGCGACAAGCGCGGACAGCUGUUCGCUCUGCGGGCCUGUUCUCUUUAUUGCUCUUCGGCUUCGCUGACCUCGUUCACGACCACUUUCAUCACAAGAGAAGGCUUGAAGAAGGACCGGAAACUACGACGACGAUGAGGAGAAGCGAUGGCAGCAAACUCAGUGGAUGGGAGACAGUGAAGGAGGAGUUCACUUUUGGUGCAGGCUCUGCCCCUUUCAAUGUCUGCCAUGCCUCCACCAUUGUCGAGAUGGAGUGGGGCAAUGAAGAGAUCAGUGGAUGGUGGUAUUAAUUGGUCGGAGAGGGAGCAACUU